UCUUAAAUCCAAGAGAAAACUAUCAAUGCUUGUCUUGGCAAAGAGUUGGCAGACAUGGAAGCCGAUAUAAGAAGAAAUUGGAACCACUCGCAUUUGUCUGUCCGGACUGACGUUUGGACCCCCCCACCCCCUUUCUCUCUAGCUCCUCCCAUGACCACCGUUUGACACUCUCCCUCUCUCUCUCGGCGUCUCGGCGAUAUUCCUCCUCGCAUCGACUGCUUUCUUCUCCACUAACUCCCGAUUAGGUCUAAGGUUCUUCGUGGGUCCUUCUCCUCUUAUCUAGAAGGGGUUUGCUCUGUUGACCCUUGAUCGAAGAACUGUGCUUUCUUCAUGGCGACAAGAUCUCUAGAUUCUCUCUCCGGUCUCCCUCCCGAAAUCCAAUUUUCCUGCGUACUCGAUAACUCAGGCCCAGAACUCGCCGGCGUCGCCGCUUCUGAUGCUCAGAAACGCGGCCGCGGUAGACCGCCGAAGCGUAAGCCCGAUUUCAAUCAGGACGCAGAGUUCCCAACGAAUCUGAACGAGCCGCCAGUUCCUGUCGUGUUUGAGGAAUCCCCAUUGGCUAUAAAGAGACCAAGGGGUCGUCCCAGGAAGGAUGGAACUCCGACAGCGCCGCCUGUCAGAGGGAGAGGUAGGCCGAGGAAGUCAAAGCUCGUGUCGCCCGUCACUGUGAAGCAAUGGAGGGAGACCACAUAUGACCCGGUUGCAGCCAUUCCCGCUUCUACAGCAGUGGCAGUGUCUCCUCCCAAGAGGAGAGGACGUCCGCCCAAGUUCCGCAGUGUUAUCAGUGUCUCUCGCACCGGAAGGCCGAGGGGUCGCCCUCGGAAGUAUGCCACACCCGAAGCAGGAGACGCAGCGCGAGAAGAAGAUGGAAGACGGAAGAGAAAGCACGAGUUAUUAAGAGAGAAAGUGAAGGAGGCUACCGACAAGUUGAAAGCGGCGGUUUCAGCAAUGGAGGAGGUGCAACUCGUAGCCGCUGCAAUGAACGCUCGCUGAUACAUGUGGAUGAUGGAAGGGACCAUUUUGUUUUGAAUCUUGUUGUUUGUUUGUUUGUAAGCUUCUUUAGUUUGAACUUGAAGGUAUACAAUGUUUAGCUUUUUGUUCAUAUAUAUAUAUAUA